AUGGCAGAAGAAGCCCUACGAUCAACAAGUCUUAAAGCAAAUUUUCAUCGCCUGACACGAUUACUGAUGCGUGGAGGUGUGAAUUUUUUGCGGGAGACAUUUGACUCCAUUCACUCACCAGCUGAUCUCCCUUUGAGACUCGCUGAUCCUGCCAUACAGGUACAGCUGAGAGGAGCGAGACUUACCCAGCCAGAGGGGGCUUGUCUGAACCCAUCCCUAGGGAUGUGUGGAAAGUCCAACGAUUUUGACAGUAUAUUAAUCUUCAAGUUACUCAGGACAAUAUGCAACCUGACCCCUCCCCCUGGACAGAGAGGAUGGGAUGAUUUACCAAACGGCUCAGACCACACACGAGUGGCAGAUUUAGUGCGAAUAAAAUAUUAUCGAAAUGAGAUUCAUGGUCACCGUCACAGCAUGGAAAUAUCUGACACGGAGUUUGUUCGUCUCUGGAAGGAAAUUAUUGAGGCUCUGUUACGAAUUGCGGCAAAUAUUAGUCCUGCAAAGAGAGAUGAAUGGAAGAAGUCCAUUGACGAUCUUCUCUGUAAACCUUUGACGCCAGAUGAGGAAAGAUGCAUUGAAGAGCUAGAGACCUGGUAUAUGCAAGAUCUGGAAAUUGAAAAUGAAGUGGUAAAGCUAAGAGAGGAUAUGGGGUCUCUAAGAGUCACGACAGCCGCGGUUUUAGGUCAGUAAAAGAGUAAAUUUAAUUCCCCAUCAGACAAAAAUAAGGAAACCUUAUCCUCAGUUCCCUUUAAUGUUAAUCCAGUGUUUCCAUUUUUCCCGAAGAUUGUCAUUUAACUACUUUGAUCUCACGCAUUUGCUUUAAAUAUAAAUUUACAAAACACCAAUAGUGCUCGUAGAAAAGGUUGUGGUUAUUCAUCGUGGUGAAUAACAAUAAAAGCUAACAUAGUUUGAUGCUACUCUGGUUUACAGAUUUAAUGAAUGUAACCGAAGAAGUUACAAUUCAUAGACCCAACGUUUCGACACUCCUGUCUAGUGCCUUCAUCAGGGGUGAUCUAAACGCUUCAACAAGAGGUCUUUUAUAUGAUCACUAAUUAGCGGCCUUUUUUCUGACGAGGUGUAAAUAGGCGUCAGGAAGCAAACCGCCAUCGUCACGAUUUAAAGGAGCGUGGGCGGAGUUAAUAUGCCAAGCCUCCAAACAAAGGCGCUGGUGGUAACGCCGAUUAGUGGUGAUAAUUUUAGAAUUAUCCCACCCAAUUGUAUGGAUGGUUAGGCAUGUAUGCUCCGAUAAAGCUGAAUUUUCCUUUUUGCAAAGAAAAACCGCUUUUUGGUGCUCUUUUAACCGUGUACCUAACUGACGUUUGGUCUGUCCGAUGUAUUCGUUGUCACAGUCAUUGCAAGGAAUAGAGUAAAUGGCGUCGGUUCGUUGUUCUUUCGUGACAGGAUCCUUAGGUUUGGCGAAAAUAUGCCCCAAAGUCUGAAAAGGUUUUUGAGCAACUUUAACGUUGUGGCUAUUCAAAAUUCUCUUGAUGGGUUCCGUAACACCCUGUAUGUAAGGAAUAACAGCAAAACCAGUCGCUGGUUCCCUUUCAUCAAGAGCGUUACUAUUUGUAACUGGUUUUUGGCAGUUACGGAGAAAAGUUUUUGUAUAGCCAUUUGCCUUUAGGACAUUGGAAACAUAUUUCCUCUCCUCAGCCUUCGAAUCGAGUGAAGAUGGUAGACAGUCAGCCCUCCUAAGUAAAUUUUUGGCUACAGACUUUUUAUGGCAAAUAGGGUGGUGAGAAUCGAAAGCGAGGUAUUUGUCGGUGUGGGUAGGUUUACGGUAGACACUUGUCUCUAAAUUACCCUGAACCCCUCUGGACACAUUUAAAUCAAGAAAGGGCAAAUGUCUAUCCCUUUCACGCUCAAGGGUGAAUUGGAUCGACGGCUCAACUGAAUUCAAAUGCGACAAGAGGCGCUCCGCUUCAUUUCCGGAUACCGCAGAAAUAACAUCAUCGACAUAUCGUUUCCAGAAAAAGGGUUUAACCGGUGAAGUGGCUAAGGCCCUUUAUUCCACGUCUUCCAUUACCAUGUUAGCAAUGACAGCAGAGACGGGCGAACCCAUCGCUGUACCAAAAACUUGUUGAUAGUAUGUGCCGUUAUAUGUUGUUAGGGUGAAGUCUCAUAUGAAUAGCCUCUUUGACCCUGCGCGUGUAGUAAUAAGGGUCACGAUCAAAAAACUUUACUUCGUUCCAGAGUUGCUUGUGUCCGGUGUUGUGGGCAUGCUCUGAAACGGCGGAGGUCUCGGUGCGGGCGAGUGGAAUGUCUCGAUCGUGCUCCUUAAUUCUGUCUUGGAUAGGGAAUCCUGUAAACUACGCCAUCUUGUUUAGCCGGGUCGACAGCGUCUUUUGGUCGUAGUAACUGAGAUCUUAGCCUAGUCUCCGACUUGAAAACAGCGCGUACGCCUUGUUGUUGUAGGCAACGGCGAAGCUGUUCGGACAGACCUUUGACAUAAGGUAAAACCGCAGUAGCUUUGAACUCGUUGGCGGGUUCGGCCCUGUUGUUUGGUUUUCCGGUCUUGGUAAGUUUCUGCAAGAAAGGAGAAGGAUAACCAUUAGAAACCAGAACAGAUGACAGAUGUUUUUUCUCCUCGGAGAUGACGGAGGGUUUUGUUACGAGACGUUUGGCGCGCUCGUGAAGGCACUUAACAAUACCGCGUUUUACUGAUUGAGGGUGGUGUGAAUCAUACGCUAAGUAUUGAUCGGUGUGCGUGGACUUCCUGCAUUCGCUGGUGGUGAGGCGGCCAUCAGGUUCUCUUAAAACUGCGGUGUCUAGGAAGGCGAGUUUGUUGUCUUUCUCUGUCUCCAUGGUGAAGCGGAUGGAAGGCUACUGGUUGUUUAAAUUCUGUAAGAAGUCAUUUACGUUUUCGCGAUCCAGGAUAGUAAAGGUGUCGUCCACGUAGCGUUUCCAGAUCCUAGGCUCGCAGGAUGAUGUAGUUAUCGCCUGUUCUUCGAAACUUUCCAUGUAAAGGUUAGCGAUGACAGCGGAAACCGGACUCCCCAUGGCGUCUUUUUGCUCGUAAAUCGAUCCGUUAUACAGGAAGUAUAUGGAUCUCAAUACGAAGGUCAAAAGGUCAGCGAUCUGUGCAGGCGUCAGCGUGGUGCGGUCUGCAAGGUUUGGGUCGUCCUCGAGUUUCUGCAUUGCGGCUUGUUCAGCGGCGUCGAUAGGAACGUUGGUAAACAGCGAUUCUACGUCGAAAGAUGCCAUGAUCUCGUUAUCUAAGAUGGUAUCAUUGCUGGAUACGAAGUGGGCUGAAUUGGUUACCGUGUACUCUUUUCUUGUUAAAGGAGACAAGAUCUUGGUUAAGUAAGCGGAUAAAUCAUAUGCAAAGGUGUUUACGCACGACACCAUAGGUCUUUGCGGUACAUCGGCCUCAUGGAUCUUCAGUAAAUCAUUGAUUCUAGGCGGAAUUAAUUUAAUUUAAUUCUUACCAAUAGUGCUCUUUUUUGAGUUCAAAUGCAGGUUAACAUUUUGCUGUUUUUCUAUCAGUUAUACUGCUAAACGUACUUGGACAUAAUCAAGCUGCUGGAUCCGAACUAUUAUUACCUGUGCCGGAACAAGCAGAGAGAGCUGAUGACCCCAAAACAAAUAAUCCAUUAUUACCUGAUCCGGAACAAGCAGCGGGAGCUGAUGACCCUAAACCAAAUAACCCACCAGACAUAGAUGUUUGGGACGUAAUUUUAUCAUUUAAAGAAUCAACUGGUUUAUUCUUACGAUAUUUAAUUUCGAAACUUCAUCUUCGAGUGCGUAACAAAGGGAAAGGGAGCUGGCAUAUAACAGUUGAAUGCAGUUCAUCCCAAGUUCUUGAAGGAUUGUGGGAGGAUUAUCGCAGUGGUCAUCUUAAUUCAGUCGCCCAGGAAAUGCUAAUAACACAACAGGUUUUGGGGAGACUUGGUCUUACGAAGCUGAAGCUGAGGAAAGAUGGUUAA